AUGUUGAGAGAGUAUAAAUUGGUAGUAGUAGGUGGAGGUGGUGUUGGUAAAUCUGCAUUAACCAUUCAAUUGAUUCAAUCGCAUUUUGUUGAUGAAUAUGACCCCACUAUUGAGGACAGUUACCGCAAACAAUGUACUAUUGAUGGUGAACAAGUAUUAUUGGAUAUUUUGGAUACUGCCGGACAAGAAGAAUAUUCCGCCAUGAGAGAGCAGUACAUGAGAACUGGUGAAGGGUUUCUUUUAGUGUAUUCUAUAAAUUCGAGAAAUUCUUUGGAGGAAUUGCAAACUUUUUAUGAACAAAUUUUACGUGUUAAAGAUAGUGAUCAAGUACCGGUAUUAGUUGUGGGAAACAAAUGUGAUUUGGAAAUGGAAAGACAAGUUAGUUAUGAAGAGGGUCAGGCAUUGGCCAAUAGUUUCAAUUGUCCGUUUUUGGAAACUUCAGCUAAAUUGAGAAUCAAUGUUGAAGAAGCGUUUUUUGAUUUGGUUAAGUAUGUUCGAGCUAGUGAAGAAGCGGAAAGACAACAACGCUUGAAAGAUGAAGGUGUAUCGCCACAACAGCAAGAACAACAAAAUAAACAACAAGCGCAACAAUAUCAACAACAGCAAUCAUCACAAUCGCAACAACCGCAAGUACUGCAGCAACAACAAUCUAAUGGUGUAGCGGUCGGUGGCGGUGCUACUGGUGCAGGAACCGCUGGUGGUAGAGCUUCUCCCGGUGGAGGCGCGGCGCAAAGAGCCAAUGGGGCUGGACAAAGCAAUUCUCGAAAGCAACAAUCUCAACAAACUUCUGGUGGGGAAAAGUCGAAAUCAGGAUGUUGUGUAAUCGUCUAA